CACGUAGAUGGUAAAAUCCAGCCGUGAAUUAGUCUUACUGGGAUGGUUGAACAUUGUAAAAGCUUAAGGCCCAAUGACAUAGAUCUAGAAGGGUCCGCACGUGACAAGGUCGGUAAAGAGGUGAUGGGUAAAAGGAUGAGACAAAUUGCAGAUUGCUAUCCACAAGAGGGGAGAGAAACUCGGGAAAAUCAAGCAGAUUGGGUGACUGGGCAGACGAAGAAGAGGCGCGCGAGGAGGGUGAAGGCGCAGCAGAUGCCAGCAGAAUCGGGAACGACGCAGCAUAUGCCAGCAGAAUCGGGAAGGACUCCGCAAGAAGGAAGAAGUGCCUCUAUCUCAGAUGGGUGUAUUGCUCACUGGAACCGUGUGAUUCAACAGGAACUAAGUCUACAAGAGGUAAGACAAUUGAUUACAGCUGGGCGACGGUUGGGCAUGCAGUUCCAAGGAAAUGAAGAGGAGGUGGAAUCUCGGUUUUUAGAGCUGGAGCAGAGGGAUGAGAGGGUUGGGGGGAACGGUGAAGAGGAGGGAACUGGGACAGUUUUUGUCAAAUUGGAGGAAUUUACAGGGGAUGGGUACUUGGGUAUAAAAGGAGUUUGGGGUUCAAAAGAGGAGCAGUGUGUUUUUGUGAACGUAUAUGCUCUGAGUGAUAGAAGAAGCAAGGCUGAGUUAUGGGAUGAGCUGAGCCGGAAAAUUACAGAAGAGGGUGGGAGAUGGUUGUUGGCAAGGGACUAUAAUGCUGUUCGGUGUCUUGAAGAAAAAAGGGGAAGGACAGGCAUGAGUGUAGAUAUGUCGGAGUUUGAUGCUUUCAUAGAGACAACAGGAUUGGUUGAUUUUAAGUUGGCCAAUCGGAAGUUUACAUGGUAUAGACCGGAUGGUACAUCCAUGAGCAGAUUGGAUAGGAUACUGAUGACUGUGGAGAUGAGCAGUAUGGGUGAGGAAUGGGUGCAGCAGGGGUUGAGGAGAGAUAUUUCCGAUCACUGUGCCAUUGUUUUGAAAACAAGAGUCACGGAUUGGGGGCCUAAACCUUUUCGGGUGUUGGACAUUUGGCAGCAACAUCCAGAUUUUAAGAAAGUAGUUGAAGGCAAAUGGAUCGGGAUGGUGGUUGAUGGGUUUGCAGGUUAUAGAUGCUUACAAAAAUUAAAGAUGCUGAAGAAAUUUUUGAAAGGGUGGAAUAAGGAAGUGUUUGGGGAUGUAGAAGUUCAAUUUCAAGCUGCUGUGGAUAAGGUUGCUCGGAUUGAUAUGAAGAAUGAAGUGGCUGAUUUAGAAGGGGAAGAGGUGGCUGAAAGACAAGAAGGCUUUCAUGAAAUGUGGGAUAUUAUGAAGAAGAGGGAGAUUUUAUGGAAGCAGAAAUCAAGAUGUAGCUGGGCAAAAUUAGGGGAUGCUAAUACGAGGUUUUUUCACAAAGUUGCAAACGGUAGAAAGGUUCAUAAUAACAUUAAUGGGUUUGCAUGUGAAGGCAAGUGGGUGGAGGAGCCAAAGGAGGUGAAGAAAGAGGUUGUCAGGUACUUUAGUAAGAUGUUUGACGGAGAAUCAUGGCAACGUCCCAAGCCUGUCGAAAUCAAUUUUAAUCAGAUCUCCAAAGAGAAGAAAGAGGAAUUAGAAAGGCCCUUUUCUGUAGAGGAGAUUGAGGAAGGAUUGAAGAGCUGUGAGGGAACUAAAGCACCCGGGCCGGAUGGAUUCAAUUUUAAUUUUCUCAAAUGUGUGUGGAACUGUUUGAAGGAGGAUUUUAUGAGACUUUUUGAGGAAUUCCACCAGAAUGGCAGGAUUGGCUUUGGAAUGAAAUGGCGCGGGUGGAUUAGAGAAUGUCUUUCAACAGCAAGGAUUUCGGUAUUAGUUAAUGGGAGCCCGACGGAGGAGUUUGUGAUGGGAAGAGGUUUAAGGCAAGGUGACCCGUUAUCACCGUUUCUUUUUCUGAUAGUUGCGGAGGGGUUAAAUGGGUUAGUUAGGAGAGCAGAAACUGAAGGAAUGUUACAUGGCCCAGCAGUGGGUAAUAAGGGGUUAACUAUUUCUUUGCUUCAAUUUGCUAAUGAUAUGGUGAUUUUGGGGAAUGCUGACAGCGAAAAUAUAUUUGCGGUGAAGACCAUUUUAAGAUGUUUCGAGUUGAUGUCUAGAUUAAGGAUUAAUUUUUCCAAGAGUAGUGUGGUCGGUUAUAAUGUGUCAGAAAGGUGGAUUAAAGGGGCAACAAGUGUCUUACAUUGUGGUGUUGGGGAAACUUCAUUUAUGUACUUGGGGUUGCCGGUUGGUGGGAAGAUUAGGUGUAAGAAGAUGUGGGAACUGGUUCUGAAAAAAUUUCGAGCCAAGCUUGCCAUCUGGAAGUCUUCUACGCUGUCCUUUGGUGACCGCAUCACUCUACUCAACUUGUAUUCAACGAGCUUUCUUGUGGGGUGGGGUGGAGUUAAAGCGGCGAAUUCCUUAGGAAAAUGGUGGUUCAGAUUAGGGGAUGGGGUGGAGGGUUUGUGGAAGAAGGUGGUGAGGGAGAAAUAUUAUGGAGGCAGGGAAGAAGUAGAUAUUACGGCAUUGGAGAGUGUGAGGGUAUCUCGGAUUUGGAGGGAUAUUAUCGGUAUAGGUCAACGAUCUGGAAGGUUACAGGAUAUGUUGGUCAAGGGGUUCAAAUGGGUGGUAGGGGAGGGUUGUCGAGUGGGGUUCUGGAGGUCGGUUUGGGUGGGGGAGAAAGCUUUACGGGAUUUGUGUCCUAGAUUGUUUGAGUUGGCUGUAAAUAAGAAGGGAUUAGUAAGUGAGAUGGGGGGCUGGGAGGCGAGUAGUUGGCGGUGGAAUAUAAUUUGGAGGAGAGGGAGGUUUGGAAGAGAGAAGGAUGAGGAGUUGAUGUUGUGGGAGGUGUUGAGUAGAGUUGGUAUUAAGGUGGGAGUUGAAGAUCGUUGGCAGUGGAUUCAUGUUUCAGAUGGGAAGUAUGUGGUGAAACAAGCUUAUGAGUUUUUGGAAUCGACGAAAUCUAUUCUUAAUGAUUGGUUGUGUAAGUUAAUUUGGUGUCGUUUAGUACCCUCUAAAGUAAGUUUCUUUGGGUGGAGAUUAUGUCUUCAGAGACUUCCAACAAAAUGGAAUUUGCAAAAGAGAGGAGUGGUGUUAGAGGGGGGCUUAAUGUGUGGGUUGUGUACUGAGGAGGUGGAAGAUAUUAAUCAUGUGUUUUGUACAUGUAAGGAAGUUUGGUUAAUUUGGGUUAUGGUUUUGUCUUGGUGGGGUUUUGAGGUUGUGUUGCCCGAUAUUUUGGAGGGGGUAGCAGAAAUUUUCUUGUUUGGAUUGGGUAAGGUGGUAGGGAAGGAGUUGGGAGCAAGCCUCUUUCUUGUUACAUCAUGGUAUAUAUGGUAUGGGAGGAAUUGUAGAGUAUUCAAGGGAGAUGUGGCUCUUCGGGAGGGGUUGUUGGCUAUGAUAUAAGAAAAGACUUUCUUCUGGUGCAAGAAUAAAGUGCAGGGAUGUGUAUUUUCGGUUAGUGAUUGGAAGCUAAAUCCACAUGGGUGUGCUGCAGCUAUGAGAAAUCAUAAGAAGAGGCAAAAGGAGUUCCAUCUAAACCAAACAGGAAGGGUAUAGAGGUAGCAGUAGCCAGAUGAUUCCUUAUUAUUUUUGUUUCCAUUGGGUAUAAUUUAAUUUUGUAUAUGGGUUAGAGUACCCCUUGUACUCUGCAAUAUAAAGUUGAUUUUUGC